AUGCCAAAGUACAAGCGUGGCGUGAGAAGAUAUUUAACAAAGGCUCCCAAGGGAAAGCGCUAUUAUGGUAAGAACAAGGUCAUUAGGCGUGUGCAAGGCCGAGACAUGGUGGCUCAUGAGGAAGCCUCCCACGGGGAAGUCUCUGCUGCUGAGCACACAACACAAUUGACUGAAGAGCAGGUCGGACAGUCAGGUUGGCCAACAGGUGUCCAUGACCCUUUCUUUGGUUUUGAGAGGGAAGUCUCCCUUCCGGGGAGUAAAUGCCGGCCCAUCACUGUGUUAUCUCUGUUUGAUGGAAUUUCUAGCGGCCAUGUUGCUCUGAACCAACUUGGGAUUCCAAUCCUGCGUUACUUUACAAGCGAAAUUUGCCCAAAUGCCCUAAGGGUCCAAAGCUUACGCCAUCCUAAUGUGAUCCGCCUAGGAGAUGUGAGGCACGUUACAGCAGAAGUCAUUGACCGCCUUGGUAACAUUGACCUCCUACUUGGAUCUUCUCCCUGUAACGAUCUUUCGAGGGUCAACCCAAAACGCGCUGGCCUGAAUGGUGGUACAGGUGUCCUCUAUUAUGAAUUUUACAGGAUUCUGAAAUAUUUGCAAGUUAAAUAUGAAAAUCAGAAUCACACAAUGCGCUGGCUUUUCGAAAAUACAUGCCACCUUGAUUCGAGCACGCUUCACCAAAUGACAAGUGACAUGGGUGUCCCAACAAAGCGCUGUGCUUCUGCCUUCCUGCCAGUCACCAGACAGCGUUACUUUUGGGGAAACAUUCCCGGCUUACACAGUGAAGUGGUUGUGAAACAACCGCGGUGGGAACUUCAAGACUUCAUUGAUCGUAACAAGACCGCUGUCACCUCACAGGCCCGUACUCUCACUUCAAACAGAAGUGGCAAUUAUGCAAAGUAUGCUUCAGCUAGGGAAUUUCUGAGCCCAACGGAUUACGAGCGACUGCAAGGCAAGCACGUCACUGGUUGUUGUUUGGAGCCCCAUUACACAGAUGCUAAUUUAAGCAUAACGGCAAGGAUUUCACUUCUAGCGAAAGGUUGGUGUGUCCCGGUAAUAGUGGAUAUAUUAUCAAACCUUGUCCCCAUCUUUUCUGACAAGUAG